AUGGGCAGCGACUGUGAGUUGGACUUGUGGCACGGCACGUCGAGCGAGUGCGUUCCCAACAUCGUGCUCAAUGGCUUCAACCGAGCUUACAGCGGACGGCGGCACGGAACGAAGCUCGGGCACGGCUGUUACUUCUCUGCCUCUGCUGCCUACAGCACAAAGUUCUGUGAGCGAAAGCGACCUCGACGAAGAACUGUGUUCUUUGCCAAAGUCCUCGUCGGCGCCUGGGCAAAGGGCUCUCCAGAUCUGGUAGAGCCUCCUUGCCGGGACAAAGAUGGCCUGGUUCGCUUCGACAGCACAGUGGACGACCCGGAGUGUCCUGUGAACUUUUGCAUCUUCCGGGACUUUCAG